GUUGGCGGAAUGCUGAAAAUGAUAAUCGUCUGCCAUGUGACGGCUUUAAUUUUCACCACCGGUCUACUGAUUCACUGCCCGCAGAGGAGUUUCGUCGGUAUCAAUACCGCCUACGAUGAUAUCGAUAUCCACUCCAAUGCUGAACAUCACAAGGAAGACUCGUGUAAUGCGAAUUGUAAUUGUUUGAGUGAAUUCAAUCCGGUAUGUGAGCAGAGCACAGGUCGAAUGUAUUUCUCUCCCUGUUACGCCGGAUGCAGAAGUAAAGCGGAAUUCGGCGGAAAAACUGAAUGGAAAGAUUGCCAAUGUCUCGAAACGAACUUCACUCACGGUCACGAAAAAGUCCAACAUGAUGACACUCUUCACGGAGGUUCUACUCGUCUCAAACAAAGAUUUCUCAGGUAUUGUGCGAUCGACUGCGGGUUCAACGUCUACGUGCUUAUGUGCACACUGUUCAUUACCGUUGUUGCUAGUUUCGCUUCAGGAAUUCCUACACAACAGAUAAUGCUCCGCGUUGUCCCAUUUGAUCAACGAACUUUGGCAUUGGGAAUCAACUGGACCUUCCUCCGAUUGCUCGGCUUCAUUCCUGGAGGAAUUCUGUUUGGGAUGCUUAUCGACAUAGCCUGCAUGGACUGGGAAAUGAGUUGUGGCCAUCGGCAAACAUGCCGGGUAUAUGAUCCUCUAAAACUCAGCUGGACAAUUACAGCCCUUGCGAUCGUCUGUAAAUUGCUGUCAAUUCUGGCCACCAUCCUCGGUUACAUGACGUAUCGACCAUCAGAUCUCGACAAUGGCGUAUCCUUACGAUCGGUCGACUCACAUGGUGCUUUACACCUUGUUGUGAAUGACGACAGACCGCCUGAGGAGUUCCUUAGAUAUCGAACAACGACUGAUCAUUUCUGA